AUGACGGCGAAGGUUAAAGCAGCGGCGUACCGUCUGACCGGUGGCUCAAAAACUGUCUACAGCGCAGAAUACGAAUCGAAAGUAGCGCUGUUUCACACCUUCAGGAAUCAAACCGAAAAGCUGAUUUCGCAGCUUACAAAGCUCGUUACGGACAAUAUGGCAACCGAAGUGAUGCAGAAGUUGUCGAAGGAUAAUGCGGAAAUGGGCAUGAACAAGUUUGAACGAGUUGGUGAGGCGCUGCACAAAUACGGUACGCAGCUUGACGACGACCACUCGGCAGAGGUUCUAGAGAAAGCAAAAGAUGUCUUCGAAAAAAUGGGUCAGGAGCACCGCUCGCUACGAACUAACAUCAUAGAAAAAGUACAGAAGCCACUGAAAGAAUGGAUCGAUACGGAUGCGAAAGAUACCGGCAAAGAGCUGAAAACUUUGGAAAGUAGAAGAGACGAAUUGGAUUGUGCCAUAAAUAAGCUGCGCAAAAAGCAGGAUGACGCUGAUUGCCAAGUAAGCACACAUCAAUUAGAGCGCCUGGAUUUCGCGCACUUUUGCGCGCAGCUGAUUCUCAUGAGAAAUUUCUUUGUCAAAAUGGAAGAACCGUGUCGCCAGUGCGCUUUAACAGCCUGUAGUAAAACCUAG